AUGAUAAUUGAUACAUCACAGUCCCAGAUAUCCAUUCUUUUCGAGAUGGAUUCUAAAGAUUCUAUGAAUCUAUGGUACUGUCCCUAUGUGGACUACUGUAUUGGAAUCACCAUAGGCGUACUAGUAAUUGUAUGGUUAGAAAGAGAAAUAUCCGCAGGAAUACAACAACGGAUUGGACCUGAAUAUGCUGGUCCUUUGGGAGUUCUUCAAGCUUUAGCAGAUGGUACAAAACUACUUUUUAAAGAAAAUUUGCUUCCAUCUAGAGGUGAUACUCGUUUAUUCAGUAUCGGACCAUCCAUAGCAGUCAUAUCAAUUUUACUAAGCUAUUCAGUAAUUCCUUUUGGUUAUCGCCUUGUUUUAGCCGAUCUCCCUAUCGGUGUUUUUUUAUGGAUUGCCAUUUCAAGUGUUGCUCCCAUCGGACUUCUUAUGUCAGGAUAUGGAUCCAAUAAUAAAUAUUCCUUCUUAGGUGGUCUACGAGCUGCUGCUCAAUCAAUUAGUUAUGAAAUACCAUUAACUCUAUGUGUAUUAUCAAUAUCUCUACUAUCUAACAGUUCGAGUACCGUUGAUAUAGUUGAGGCUCAAUCAAAAUAUGGUUUUUGGGGUUGGAAUUUGUGGCGUCAACCUAUAGGGUUUGUUAUUUUUCUAAUUUCUUCCUUAGCAGAAUGCGAGAGAUUACCUUUUGAUUUACCAGAAGCAGAAGAAGAAUUAGUAGCGGGUUAUCAAACUGAGUAUUCGGGUAUAAAAUUUGGUUUAUUUUAUGUUGCUUCCUAUCUAAAUCUAUUAGUUUCUUCGUUAUUUGUAACUGUUCUUUACUUGGGUGGUUGGGAUAUCUCUAUUCCAUACAUAUUAGGUUAUGAACUUUUUGAAAUAAAUAAAGUGUAUGAAGUCUUUGGAAUGACAAUUAGUAUCUUUAUUACAUUAGCGAAAACUUAUUUGUUCUUGUUCAUUUCUAUAGCAACAAGAUGGACUUUACCCCGACUAAGAAUAGAUCAACUAUUAAAUCUCGGAUGGAAAUUUCUUUUACCUAUAUCUCUCGGUAAUCUAUUAUUAACAACUUCUUUUCAACUUUUUUCACUGUAA